AUGCCUAGUAAUAGUCACUAUCAUCAUCAUCGUAGUCUAGAAAGCAUAUCAACAUCAGCAACAGCAUUUAGUACUAGUAGUAGUGGAGAAUUAGAGAUAAUUGAAUUAGAUUGGGCUGCUUGUGGUGGUCGUUGUGAAUACUUUGAUAAAUCAGUUUGGAUAGGAGGUGUGAUACCUAGUACCUCAAAUUAUCAUGCUGUGAUCAAUGUAUCGGCCGAUGAUGAUGAGAGUGGACCUAUCACCAUGUACAUCAUGUCUGACCUACAAGUUGGAGCCAUGACGGUUGUGGCCAAUGGACGUUACGUGGUGACUAUAGAGGCUGGUACAUCGCAUGUAGACAUUGUACAAGACUUGCUUCUCAGUGGCAACUACCAAUUUACAAUCGAUAGCAAGAUGACAUUGAAUGUUGGUAACAGUAUCCAAGCUAGCCAAGGACAAAUAUCAUUCUUUGGUAGCGAUAUGACAUUCGGAUACGGAUCUUUUGUCGAUGGUUGUUCACUUGUCAUUCAAACGUCAGAUGUCGACGGCUCCUUUUCAUCCAUCGAUGGUAUCUACUUUGACACGGCUAAAAUCUUUGCUCAAGGUACUUUUAAUUUCGGUGGCAAGAGUUAUUUCUCCAACCUUGUUGGUUGGUAUCUACAAGACACUACACUCAACCUUAACGGUGAUGCGGUUAUCGCCAAUUCAACCAUCUCUGUCAAAACGAUAGUACUCGACCAAGGCACCUUGGAGAUUGGUGCUGGCAGCACCUUGACCACCUACGACAAUGUCACUGUCUUUGCGCCUGGUGUGAUCCAGCUGGAUGCUGGCUCAAACUUUGACACACAACGCUCGGAAAACAAUCCCGGCCCGGUCCAUCUCUUACUCACGGUCGUGUCGGACGCAGGCAGCAACCUGACGUUGGGCAACUUUGACCUGCUCUCGUUGAACGCGUCGACGUUGCACGGAGAUACAAUCGUCAACGACUAUCUUGACGGAGAAAUCUCGUUUGUCGACACUUAUUUUGGCCAGCUCACCUACUACAUAUCGGCAUCGGUCAACAUUGAGUCGUCAGGCUGCACGUACAACGAGAUUCGCGCCGUCUCUAAUUAUAAAUCCGAUUCAGUCUACUACAUGUUCUCGGGAUACAAUGAGCUGACCAGCACUGAUGGCGUGUCGUCGGCAUACAGCACGCAGUUCUUUUUGAAUGUCGGCGCCACAUUCAACAUCUCCAACGGAGACGUCGAGCUCUUGGCAGACGGGUCGUCGAUUGUCGUCAGCUCGCACUCGACACUUGUCGUCAGCAACGCGACACUUGUCGUGUCAGACAUUAACGUUAGCGCAUUGCAAGGCAACGGUCACAUUGUGAUUGAGAAUUCACAAAUUACAUCUCACUUGGUUCUCCAACGAGUCAUCGUCAAUAUCACCACCAACUCACAUAUCAACGGUCUCGCUGAAGCUAGUCAAUCGACCAUCAACAUCAUCGUUGGAAAUGUUAGUCCUGCUGGAGACAACGACGACGUUGUCUAUUUUGCACAAGACUAUGUUGGAUUUGAUGCAUCGUUUAACAUCAUCUCCCCCAUUCUCCCAUCACAGGCUAUUGUCAAUGUCAAUGGCCAAUACAAAGACACAAACGGUACCUUUUCAUUUGGACUGUUGCAAGACAGCAAAGGAUCGUAUCCACAAAUCACUGCCGAUACACCCUACUUCCUCGUAUCGUCUCCCAACCCAAUCUCAAUCAACACGACUCUUUGCUCAUUCUCAACACCAUCGGCUACAUCCCUUCAACCUACCUUUUCAAUCAUUCAACAACUAUCAUCAAAUAAUAAUAAUAAUAAUAAUUAUUUACUAACUCUAACUUUUAAUUAA